AUGCCCAUGGAAGAAGCUCCUCCGAUCAUCGAUAUUUCGGCAUUUUACGGAAAAGAUGACACCGCGAAGCAGAACCUCGUGGAGCAAGUUCGCUCGGCCUGCACAGCCUUCGGCUUCCUUCAGAUUGUCAAUCAUAACGUUCCGGACUCUCUGCAAGAAGAUAUAUUGAGGCAAUCUGAGGAAUUUUUCGACCUGCCUCCGGAAACAAAGGAGAAAUAUAACAAAGGUGGAAUGACUCCUCGAAACAUUGGCGGCCGUCACCUCGGAUAUGAGCGUCUUCGCGCACAGAAUUUCGAGAAAAAGACCGACGGUGACUUGAAGGAGGGCUAUUACUUUGGCACCGAUCUACCUCUCGACCACCCUUACGUUGUUGCAGGAAAGCUCAAUUUUGGACCUAACAAGUAUCCCGAAGAAGUGCCAAGCCCAGAAGAGUUCAAGAUAACAGUGAAGGCCUAUUUUGCAAGCAUGGAACGUCUGGCCCAUGAUAUCUUACGGAUUCUCGCUGCCACGCUGUACUUGGAUGAGAACUUUUUCAACGACUUUAUUGAUACCCCUAUUGCUACAUUACGUCUACUACAUUAUCCUCCCCAGCCACCUACUGCAUCUCCUGAUGAGCGAGGGAUUGGUGCGCACACUGACUUUGGUGGCAUAACCAUUCUCCUACAAGACAUGAUCGGUGGUCUCCAGGUCUGGAACAGAGACUACGACAAAUGGGUUGACAUGGAGCCUCGGAAGGGUGCCUUCGUCGUCAAUCUGGGCAAUUUGAUGAUGCGUUGGACUAAUGACAAUUACAUGUCGAAUUUGCACCGCGUCAUCAAUAAGACUGGGAAGGAGCGCUACUCUGUUCCUUUCUUCUUCUCUGGAAAUCCGGAUUAUGUCGUUAAAUGCCUGCCUAGCUGUGAGGGAACGAAUGGCGCGAAGUAUCCGCCUGUUUCGGUUGAAGUGUGGAUUGCAGGACGGUAUGCGGAUACAUAUGGCUCGCAGGAUAACAAGAAUUAG